AGUGCCCAGCAGUGCCACCAGUCAGUGCUGUCAGUCAGUGCCACCCGUCAGUACUUGCCCAGCAGUGCUGCCCAGCAAUGCCACCCAUCAGUGCCCAGCAGUGCCACCCAUCAGUGCCUGACAGUGCCACCCACCAGUGCCCAUCAGUGUCACCCACCAGUGCCCAUCAGUGCCCAGCAGUGCCACCCAUCAGUGCUGCUCAGCAUUGCUGCCUAGUAGUUGCACCCAUCAGUGUCCAGCAGUGCCACCAGUCAAGGCCGUCAGUCAGUGUCGCCCAUCAGUGCUCAUCAGUGCCAGCUAUCAGUGCUACCUAUCAGUGCUCAUCA